AUGUUACUCCUACGGCUGAUCUCCAACCUUCUCCCAAUCCUCGUUCUGCUUACCUGUUCGCUAGCAGCUGAGGAUCUCUACAGGAUUCUUGGAGUCGACAGAUCUGCCUCAGAUCGUGAUAUAAAAAAGGCAUACCGCACCCUCUCUAAGAAAUAUCAUCCAGACAAGGCCACAGGAGACGAGAAGAAGUUUCUCGAGGUCACAGAAGCCUACGAUGCCCUAUCCGAUCCUACGAGUCGCAAGAUCUACGAUCAAUACGGACAUGACGGCCUUAACAAUCACAAGCGAGGCGGAGGCGCACAACACCACGAUCCCUUUGACAUAUUCGGAAAGUUCUUCGGAGGCGGGGGCCAUUUUGGAGGAGGCGGAGGGAGUGGUGUGAGACGUGGACCAGACAUGGAAGUCCAACUUAAUGUGCCACUCCAAGACUUCUACAAUGGCAAAGAUAUUGAAUUUACUAUUGAAAAGCAGUUGAUCUGCGAAACUUGUGAGGGAUCCGGUUCUGCCGAUGGCCAAGUGGAAACCUGUGGCCAAUGUGGGGGUCGUGGAAUCGUCAUAAAGAAGCACAUGCUAGCCCCGGGCAUCUUCCAACAGGUCCAAAUGGCCUGUGAUCAAUGUGGAGGACAAGGCAAAACCAUCAAGCAUAAGUGCAAAGUUUGUGGAGGGAGCAAAGUGGUUCGGGGUCCCAUAACCUUGACAGCAAGCAUUGAAAAGGGCAUGCCUAAAGGACACCGAAUCACCUUCGAAAGCGAAGCUGAUGAACAUCCUGAUCACGUUGCUGGUAACCUCUAUGCACAUUUAGCAGAGGCAGCCCCGUCCUUGCACGAAGAUCACAACCAGAGAACGGACGGUGCAUUUUUCCGCCGCAAGGACAACGAUCUCUACUGGAAUGAGGUUUUGUCCCUGCGAGAGGCCUGGAUGGGGGGCUGGACGCGGAAUUUGACUCAUCUUGAUGGGCAUGUUGUUCAACUCUCCCGGCAAAAGGGCGAAGUGGUACAGCCUAAUCAAGUCGACUCAGUCGAGGGCGAGGGCAUGCCGAUUUAUCAUGACGGUCACGUUCACGAGCACGAUCAUGAUCACGAAGAGCAUGGCAAAUUGUACGUCAAGUACACAGUUGUCUUGCCGGAUCAAAUGGACAGCGGCAUGGCGAAGGAUUUCUGGGCACUGUGGGAGAAAUGGCGCAAGAAGAAAGGGAUCGAUUUACUCAAGGAUAGUGGAAGACCACUUCCUGUUGUACCACCAAAGGAUGAAUUAUAG